AAUGAUGGAUGUGUUGUGAGAGAGUUCAGAGGAGAGAUCAGAGAUGAAGAAGGAGAGCAUGGGAGUGCAACAAGUUAUCUGCAUGAAAGGAGGUGUCGGAGAGGGAAGCUAUGCCCGUAACUCCAAAUCACAGGCUGCAUUACUAUCCAAGUCCAUGCCCCUGCUGGAGCAAGCAGUACUAGAUUUAUGUUGCACCACCGGCACCUUACCUGAGAGUGUCGCCAUAGCAGACCUUGGCUGUUCAUCGGGCCCAAAUACUUUUUUCGCCGUCUCCGAAAUCAUGACCAUCAUCUACAAGAGGUGUCGCCAACUAGGCCGGUCACCACCAGGCUUUUGGGUGUUCUUGAAUGAUCUUCCAGGGAAUGACUUCAAUGCUGUGUUCAAGUCAUUACCAGCAUUCCAUGAAAAGAUGAAGGAAGAAAAUGGAGAGGAGUUUGGGCCAUGUCAUGUUGCUGCUGUUCCGGGUUCUUUCUACCACAAGCUUUUUCCAUCCAGGAGACUACACUUUGUGCACUCUUCUUGCAGUCUCCAUUGGCUGUCCCAGGUUCCUCCAGAGCUUCUUAACAAGCAAAUUACAAACAAGGGGAAGAUUUAUCUUUCAAAAACAAGCUCACCGGCCCUGAUAGAUGCUUACGCGUCUCAGUUCCAGAGGGAUUUCUCUUUGUUUCUUAAGUUGAGAUCAGAAGAAACAGUCCCCGGAGGACGCAUGGUUUUGUCGCUCAUGGCCAGACGAACCCCAGACCCUGUCUCAGAUGAGAGUUGUCUGUUGUGGGAUCUAUUAGCACAGGCGUUGCAGGGGUUGGUUUCAGAGGGGCUUAUUGCAGAGGAGAAAUUAGAUUCCUACAAUGCACCAUACUAUCAACCUUACACAGAGGACCUAGAAACUGAGAUAGAGAAUGAUGGAUCCUUUAGCAUCGACGGCCUUGAGAUCAUGGUCUUACCAUGGGACAGUGCCAGUGGCGGACAAAAUUAUGAUAGGCCAACAACCGCCCAGAAGAUUGCAAAGUCGAUGAAAGCAGUACAAGAGCCGAUGUUGGCAAGUCAUUUCGGGGCCGAAAUCAUGGACCCUUUGUUUAAAAGGCUCAUUGAGAUCAUUGCAGCAGAUACAAGGGAGGUGGAGCAUGUUUCUGUCCUUGUUUCCAUGACCAGAAAGGCUUGAUAUCACUCUCAAGUCUCAAUCUUCCAUGACUUGUUAUACUGCAUUUGCCUCUCAGACACUUGUUUAGUUAUUUGCAUCUGUACAUGAUCCAUGGAUCUGUUGAUUAUUGGCCUAUAUCCUAAUGGUUGUUUGGAUACGAGGAACAUGGAGGGUGGAGGAAGAGACCAAAGCUCUAUUUGAGAAGUGCUUUUGAAAAACAGAUUUUGAGUUCUAA